GCCACCUUUGUUUUCGGCAAAACAUAACACAAAUCCAUCUCUUCUGCUUUUCUAAUUAAAUAUCAAACAGAAAAACAGUUGAAAAAGCUUCUUCUUCUUCUUCUUCUUCUUCUUUUUUUUUUUUUUUUUUCCUUCCAUAAAUCCCAUGGCUUUUCAAUUUUUCCUAUUCCGGGAAAUUGCAACUGCAAUCAUUAUCUUCUUCAUAACCCAAUUCUCAAUCCGUUCUCUUUUUCUCCGGAAAAAAUCCGGGAAACUCCCUCCCGGUCCGAAAGGCUGGCCGGUCAUUGGAGCUCUUCCUCUACUUGGUUCCAUGCCUCAUGUAACCCUAGCUAAUAUGGCGAAGAAGUACGGCCCAGUCAUGUACCUCAAGAUGGGUACGUGUAACAUGGUGGUUGCUUCCACACCAGACGCAGCCAGGGCUUUCCUCAAAACCCUAGACUUGAACUUCUCGAACCGGCCUCCGAAUGCCGGAGCAACCCAUUUGGCUUACGAUGCUCAGGACAUGGUGUUCGCCGACUACGGACCGAGGUGGAAACUGCUUAGGAAGCUAAGCAACCUACACAUGCUAGGAGGAAAAGCUCUAGAUGACUGGGCUCGAGUUCGCGAAAUCGAGCUCGGUCACAUGCUCCGCGCCAUGUACGACUCGAGCAAGAGAGGCGAGCCCGUCGUGGUGCCGGAGAUGCUGACCUACUCGAUGGCGAAUAUGAUCGGCCAGGUGAUACUGAGCCGGAGGGUUUUCGUGACGAAAGGAUCGGAAUCCAACGAGUUCAAAGACAUGGUGGUGGAGCUGAUGACGUCGGCGGGAUUCUUCAACAUUGGAGAUUUCAUACCGUCGAUCGCUUGGAUGGAUUUACAAGGCAUUGAGCGCGGGAUGAAGAAGUUGCAUAGGAAAUUCGAUGUGCUUUUGUCGAAGAUGAUCGACGAGCAUACUGCUUCUGCUCAUGAGCGCAAAGGGAAGCCGGAUUUUCUCGACAUUGUCAUGGCUAACCGGGAAAAUUCCGCCGGAGAGAAACUCAGUAUGACUAAUAUUAAAGCUCUUCUCUUAAACCUAUUCACAGCAGGGACAGAUACAUCGUCAAGCAUAAUUGAAUGGUCACUAGCAGAGAUGAUGAAAAACCCAACCAUAUUCAAAAAAGCUCACGAAGAAAUGGACAGAGUGAUAGGAAGGCAAAGGAGGCUUCAAGAAUCAGACAUAGCAAAGCUUCCAUAUCUCCAAGCAAUAUGCAAAGAGACAUUCAGAAAACACCCUUCGACCCCUCUCAAUCUGCCACGUGUCUCAACCCAAGCAUGUGAGGUCAACGGCUAUUACAUCCCAAAGAACACCAGGCUGAGUGUCAACAUAUGGGGGAUUGGGAGGGACUCUGAAGUUUGGGAAAACCCAUUGGAUUUCACACCUGAAAGGUUUCUGAGUGGGAAAAAUGCGAAAAUCGAUCCCCGAGGGAACGAUUUCGAGCUGAUUCCAUUUGGCGCUGGAAGGAGGAUCUGUGCUGGGACAAGAAUGGGAAUUGUCCUGGUUGAGUAUAUUUUGGGGACGUUGGUCCAUUCCUUUGAUUGGAAAUUACCAGCUGAUGUGGUGGAUCUGAAUAUGGAUGAGGCUUUUGGCCUUGCACUUCAGAAAUCUGUUCCUCUUGCUGCUUUGGUUAGCCCUAGGCUUCCAUUAAGUGCUUAUGCUUCUUAAUAAUCUCAGCCGGUACAUUGAUCUAUCAUCAGCUUUCCUAAAUGGUAUGCCAAUAUGGCUAUCUGGGUUUUUAAUUUCCAUGUAUUUUGAAGCUAGUACUUUUUUUGCCCUUUUUUUUUUUUUUUUUUUUUUGUCUUUUCCAACUUUCUCGAUGUAAAAGAAGUUGAAUGAAUAAGAACGUUGCCAUUAGUUGUGUGCCC